CUCCGCUCCGCGCCCGGAGCUGGGACGGGGCCGGAGAGCGGCACAGGAAAGCUCCGCGGCUCCGCUCUGCUCCCCCGCUGCCCCGAAAAUGGGGAAGGGGCUGGAGGGGACGGCGGCCCGCUGCGGGCUGGGACUGGGAUACCUGCUGCAGACCGUGGUGCUCCCCGCUCUGGCCGUCCUGGGGGCCAGCCGCCCCGGCUCCGCGGCGCAAGAUGAUGACUUUUUUCAUGAGCUUCCGGAAACUUUUCCAUCUGAUCCUCCAGAGCCAUUGCCCCACUUCCUCAUCGAACCAGAAGAGGCUUACAUUGUGAAGAACAAGCCCGUGAACCUGUACUGCAAAGCCAGCCCGGCCACACAGAUCUAUUUUAAGUGCAACAGUGAGUGGGUUCAUCAGAAGGACCAUGUGGUGGACGAGAGAGUAGAUGAAACCUCUGGUCUGAUUGUGAGGGAGGUGAGCAUCGAGAUCUCGCGGCAGCAGGUGGAGGAGCUCUUCGGGCCGGAGGAUUACUGGUGCCAGUGCGUGGCCUGGAGCUCGGCCGGCACCACCAAGAGCCGCAAGGCUUACGUCCGCAUCGCAUAUCUCCGGAAAACUUUUGAGCAGGAGCCCUUGGGGAAGGAAGUGUCCCUGGAGCAAGAGGUCCUGCUGCAAUGCCGUCCCCCUGAGGGCAUCCCGGUAGCUGAGGUGGAGUGGCUGAAGAACGAAGAGGUGAUUGAYCCCGUGGAAGACCGAAAUUUCUACAUCACCAUUGAUCACAACCUGAUCAUCAAGCAAGCCCGGCUCUCUGACACAGCCAACUACACCUGUGUGGCAAAAAACAUCGUGGCCAAGAGRAAGAGCACCACAGCGACUGUGAUAGUCUAUGUGAACGGAGGCUGGUCCACUUGGACYGAGUGGUCAGURUGCAACAGCCGCUGUGGGAGAGGCUUCCAGAAGCGCACGAGGACCUGCACCAACCCUGCCCCGCUCAACGGAGGUGCCUUCUGCGAGGGACAGAGYGUCCAGAAAAUAGCUUGCACCACUCUGUGUCCAGUGGAUGGCAAGUGGACAUCCUGGAGCAAGUGGUCCACCUGUGGCACGGAGUGCACCCACUGGCGCCGGAGGGAGUGCACAGCCCCAGCGCCCAAGAACGGGGGGAAGGACUGCGAGGGGCUGGUGCUGCARUCCAAGAACUGCACUGACGGGCUCUGCAUGCAGGGUUUCAUUUAUCCUAUUUCAACUGAGCAGAGAACCCAGAAUGAAUAUGGAUUUUCUUCUGCCCCUGACUCGGACGAUGUCGCUCUGUACGUGGGGAUCGUCAUCGCCGUGAUCGUGUGCCUGGCUAUUUCCGUGGUCGUGGCCCUGUUUGUCUAUCGCAAGAACCACCGUGACUUUGAGUCRGACAUUAUCGACUCCUCGGCGCUAAAUGGGGGGUUUCAGCCCGUCAACAUCAAGGCUGCAAGGCAAGACCUGCUGGCUGUGCCACCAGACCUCACCUCUGCUGCAGCCAUGUACAGGGGUCCYGUGUACGCCUUGCACGAUGUCUCGGAUAAAAUCCCAAUGACCAACUCUCCAAUCCUGGACCCACUGCCCAACCUGAAGAUCAAGGUUUAUAACAACUCUGGUGCAGUCACUCCCCAGGAUGACCUCUCUGACUUCUCCUCCAAGCUGUCCCCACAGAUGACACAGUCUCUGCUGGAGAAUGAGACCCUGAACGUGAAGAACCAGAGCCUCGCUCGGCAAACUGAUCCAUCCUGCACUGCCUUUGGGACCUUCAACUCCUUGGGAGGCCACCUAGUAAUUCCCAAUUCAGGAGUGAGCUUGCUGAUCCCAGCGGGAGCCGUUCCACAAGGGAGAGUCUAUGAAAUGUAUCUGACAGUUCACAGGAAAGAGAAUAUGAGACCACCUGUAGAAGACAGCCAGACCCUGCUGACCCCGGUGGUGAGCUGUGGCCCGCCAGGCGCGCUGCUGACCCGGCCCGUCAUUUUAACCAUGCACCACUGCGCAGAGCCCAACACGGACGACUGGCAGAUCCAGCUGAAGCACCAGGCUGCCCAGGGACCAUGGGAGGACGUGGUGGUGGUCGGAGAGGAAAACUUCACCACCCCGUGCUACAUCCAGCUGGACCCGGAGGCCUGUCACAUUCUGACAGAAACCCUCAGCACCUACGCCUUGGUGGGACAGUCAAUCACCAAGGCAGCAGCCAAACGUCUCAAACUGGCCAUCUUUGGACCGCUGUCCUGCUCCUCGCUGGAGUACAGCAUCCGGGUCUACUGCCUCGAUGACACACAGGACGCUCUUAAGGAGGUSCUCCAGCUUGAGCAGCAGAUGGGUGGGCAGCUUUUGGAGGAGCCCAAAGCUUUGCAUUUUAAGGGAAGCACCCACAACCUCCGCCUGUCCAUCCAUGACAUUGCCCAUUCUCUCUGGAAGAGCAAGCUGCUGGCUAAAUACCAGGAGAUUCCCUUCUACCACAUCUGGAGUGGAUGUCAGAGGAACCUGCACUGCACCUUCACGCUGGAAAGGUUCAGUCUGAACACCCAGGAGCUGGUGUGCAAACUCUGUGUGCGGCAGGUUGAAGGAGAAGGACAGAUUUUCCAACUCAACUGCUCUGUCUCAGAGGAACCUACUGGCAUCGAUUAUCCUGCCAUGGACUCCGCAGGCACCAUCACCACCAUCGUGGGGCCCAGUGCAUUCAGCAUCCCGCUGCCCAUCAGGCAGAAGCUGUGCAGCAGCCUGGACGCUCCCCAGACCAGAGGCCAYGACUGGCGGAUGCUGGCCCACAAGCUGAAACUGGACAGAUACUUAAAUUAUUUUGCGACGAAAUCAAGCCCCACYGGGGUGAUCCUGGAUCUCUGGGAAGCCCAGAACUUCCCUGAUGGCAACCUGAGCAUGCUGGCGGCAGUUCUGGAGGAAAUGGGAAGACACGAGACGGUUGUUUCUUUGGCAGCAGAAGGGAAUUACUGACGCAGCCUUGGCAUGAGGAAGGACAGACGCGGGCAGCGGUGACGCCUGCUAUUGCAAACGAGAAUUGAAAUGAAAACCCAGACCAAUGAGAUACUCAAGAGACAUUUCAGAGAAGAAAGCAAGCAAGCAAACAAACACAAAACAAAACCAAUCAGCCCUGACCUUCACACGUGCUCUCCUUGUACAUUAUCACAGGAUCAGAAAGAAAUCACGCAAAGUUGUACCUUGAAAAUAUAAAUCAACCUAAUGUUCCUCUCGGCUUGGCUGUACACUGCUUGGUACAGGUUUUUACAGUUUCCUAGGAAACGCUUUUUAUUGCUAUCCAGAUAUAUGGAUAAACUUUCUUAACAAUCCCGAUUUCUAUGGAUGUUGUUUACAUCAGAUUCUGGACAGGGGUAAGGAGACUGUCCAUGGCUCUUUAUAUUUUUUGUUUAAAGCCAUUCUAGACAAGGCUGUGGACAGUUGGUUGUGGCUAUUUCAGCUUAUUGGUUUCUGGUGAAUUGAGAUUUUGGCUACAAUUCUGCACGUUGGUUGUCUCACAGUGAUCCUCCUGUCAUUGUUCUGUUUCCUAGACCUACUUGUAAAAAAAGAAACAAACCAAGAAAAUCAGGGUGUGCAUCUGGAAAGCAGGUACUCUGGCUGAUAAGCAGGAACACACAAAAUGUUCCCUUUCUUCCCCGAGACAGUUCCCAUGAGCCUUUGUGGAGAAUAACUCUACGCCAGUGGGGAAUGAAGGAUCUGAGUCAAUUUUCAAUUCACACCCUUUCUACCCCUUUGCUGUAUGAGGGGCCAGAUAUGCAAUUCAGAGUGGUUGGAGGGGAGGGGGAGAAACCCAGAAAAAAUAUAAAAGAGAAGUUGCUAUGGUAGUUACUGAUUAGUGUCUAGUGCAAGGAUUAUAAUGACUAUUAUUAUUGCCAUUAUUACUUUAUUUCUAAUUUUGUCAGCAGCAGAAUGAGUAAUUUCUGGUUUUAUGGAACCUGUUGUCCCCUCCCUGAAGGUCUGUUAGCUCCCCAGAGAGCUGCAGGUCUCACUGAAACCCUCCACCUGCAGUAAUGUUGGCCACGGCCAGGGCUACUGACAGCCCAGCCCUCUGCUGGGUCUCUUCUGUGUGACAUCUGCACUUGGUGGCUCUCCAAAGAUAUUCCCAGACUUUGAUGCUGCCAGGGAAGCCUGUGUGGUGUGGGCCAGUGUGAGGCAGUGGAGUGGGGAAGCUGAAACCCCGUGAGCCACAGUUUGCUGCCUUUGCUGCUCCUGCCACCACCUGCCUCACUGGCUGGCCAGGGAACACUCGUCCCUCUACUGCCAYGUUCCUCUUGGCCACCAUCAAACAGGCGAGGUGGGAGCUUUGCAAAAGGAGCAAAUUAAAAUGCAUUACUUCAAACGUGUUUUAUGUUCUGCUCAGUGCAGAUUCUGAUUUUUCUGCACAUGGCAGUGCACAGGACACACUGCAGUGGUCUCACUGCCUGACUUGCCUGUCCUCUGCACAGAAAGGCUUUCUUCCCUGAGCUGUCCACUCCAGCCAGGCCCUGUCAGUGCUGCUGUGUGCACACCCCUGCCCACGUGUGCAUUACCAUUCCACACGCUCCCUGACACCCGAGUUCGCUUCUUCCCUUUUGUUGUUUUGGUUUUGCUUUCCCCAAGGCUCUCCAGAUCGUGCCUUUGAAGGCAACUUUUGAAAAUGUCAUUGGUCGAAAUGAAAAGAAAAUUCCAUCUGACCUUUUUUCUCCAUUUGACAUUUCCAUAGGCUUGGCACCUUUUUCCUUUUAAUUUCUCAACUCCCUGACCAGUGAGUAAGGCUUUGACUGACUGCCGGGCAGCAAGAGCAAAAAGGUUCCCUUCCUUUGUAAGGGGGCAGUUUGCAAACCAGCAUUUCAGYGCAAACUGGAGAGAAGAGGACAGGCUUUGUAACUUUCAACAUCUGUGUGCAUUUUUCUUGUGUAAGCCCCACCUUCUCUUAAAAGUAGAAAUGCCAAGGGCACCCCUUCAGCAGCCUUCAUCUUCUCUUUCACUUGGGCCAUCAGAUGAAGCCCACCACUSUGCUCAUCGAAAUUUUGCUUUCAGCUUCAGGAGGUUUGGACUGCAGCUUCCAGCUCUGCCCUUUCUCCACAGCUUUUAGUCACUAAGAGCACUAAAAUGUCUCUUUAAUACAAGUCUCUGCUUUUGUCCCUCCCGUGCCAUCUUCAGGUGUAAUGAGUUGUAUUCAGUUUGUGCUUCUUCACCUCUCCCAUGUGUCAUUCCUGUUUGACACCCCUUCCAGGGCGGGUGCAGGAGUUGAGCUGUCCUUCAGCCCUUUGGCCUUUYUGUGUUGGCUGAUCCCCAGGCUCGCUGGUGCUCCCCAGCUCCCAGCUUUCCCAGGGGGGCUCCUGUGUACUCUUGUCACCAGGAUCAGGGUCCCAGCAGAACCUGGGAGGUCUGGCAGGGCAAGGACAAGCAGGAGAAAGUUCCUCCAGAGCCACAGCUCACCCCAGCAGCUCCCCUGCGUUAAUUUUGUUCCGUUUUCUCUUUUUCUGUGGGGAAUGGCAGUGGCAGGGUGGGCACUGCGGGAAAGGGCUCAGGCUGGUGGCAUCCAGCACUCAGCAUCCCCAUCCUGCUGCCCCGAGGAGAGAGAGCGGGAAGCACGGGCAGCCAGAUGGGCUCAGGAUGUUAUUUUUGGUGGGAGAAAGCCCAGCAGCAGUCCCUCCUCCGCCUGGAUUGCAUGGACACAGUGCCAUCUCGUGGGGCUGAGCCCCGGCUCCACCGUGCGGCGAAAUGCUUCCUGUGGGGUGGCUGUGACAAAGGCGUUGGGCAGGCAGAAGUGACUCUUAGAACUUGUAACAUUUUWUGUCAGGUAAGCGCAUCUGCUUCGAGAGAAAAAGAAAAGGCUGCAGGCUUCUUAUCCUCAAUUACAAUUUUUUAAGAAGCUUUUCCUUUUAGUUGCUCACCUUUGGCUCUGUACUGGAGCAGCWUUGCUGCUCUUCACAUCAUCUCUUCAUUACAUAUUGGUCGCUAGCGCUAUAAAUAGUAUAUAUAUUAUAUAAAUAUAUAUAAAAUAUCUACUGACUUCAAGGAAAACCGUUCAUUUCCGAGUAAGAAACAUUUAUUGGAGGCAGUCCUUUUCACCUUAUUUGUUUUUCUUCAGUUCUUUCUUGUGUUGUGUUCUCGUAAAGGUGACUGUCAGUGUAUAGGGUAAGUUUGGGGUUUGGUUGGGUUUUUUUCUUUUUUAAAUUUAUAUCAUACCUGAUCCACUGUGUCUCGCUAAACAGCACAAGACCUAAGUGCUGUUCUAGUGGAUCUUGAAAAUUUUGCAGCAGUGAAGGUCUCUCCAGCCAAGAUUUGCUUUAAUGGGAGACCAAGAUUUUUUUUUUUUUCUGUCUCGCUGGCAGAAAUGCAGACACUCGUGAGACAUGUUGGAGUCUGCCAUACCCACAGAGCAAAACAYGUCUGUUCCUUGGGUUCCUCGCUAUUUCUGUUGCUUACAUAUAGAAUAAAUGUAUUUACAUGCUGUAAGCCCAUCAUUGUGGACAGUGUCCUAAUGUCUUGUAUUGCUACCUACAAUAGUUUCUUUUUUGUUCUCCUUUUUCUUCUUUUUUGGGGGGCAGAGGGCAUGGGGAAGGGAGGGGUGGGGGGCCCUUAAACCAUUGUAUGCUCCACCAAGUAGUUACCACAGCUCUGGGGUUAAUUUUAAACAUGAUGKUACUGUUGAGGUUGGCUUGAUGGAUUUUUUGUUUUAAUCUCAUGUCCAGUGCACUUUGUAAACAAUCCUGCUGAGUGUUCAGAAGUCUUUUCAGGUGUUACCUUGGCUCUCAUCUGGCCAUGAAUUAACUCACUGUUUGCAGGCUUGCUUGGUAUCAGGUGGUUUGUGAAUGGAAAACAAACCUUUGUUCCUUCUCCCACAAGGASUCCAAUGAGUUAUGAUUUUGGGUCACCACUGUAAUCCAUUCCUAGCUUGUGUGGGAAGCCUUAAGGUGAUAAAACAAGUUGCACUGCAGACUUUUAAAUGCUGAAGCCUGUAUGACAGACAUCCUUUGAAGUGGGACUUGAACAGAAAUGUGGAGUAAGUGUAAGAGUGUACACACAGACAAAGAGGAGAAAACAGAACACUACUCACGAAAGCUUUAGCUCUCAUGUUAGCUAUGGGCAUCCUCUCAUUUUACCAACUUUUGCAUGGGAAGGUAAAGGUCAAAACUCAGUGUUGUACCACCACUGCAAGGUCAAUAGGCAGUAUGGCAGAAGCCAACUGACUAGCAAGUGACUGGAAUUGAACUAAAGCCACAGGAAUGCCCUCAAGUCUGGUAGGUCAGGCUCCUUGCUUGAAUAGGAGCAUUUAGUUUAUUUACUUACUUGUCCUUUAAACUUGACACCUGAAAUCUGAAAAUCUCUUUUUCUGAAAGUCCUUUGAUAAACUGCCUGUACAAAAAAAGCAACAAUAACCCAGAGUUCCCACAAAUUUCCAUCCCAGAUAGGCAUUUCGCAUUUUCUGUGAUGCUGGUKAAAUGUGUUUAUUUGUGGUUCAGUCUCUUUGACAGCUCACAAAGACAUAAAUUGCUAUAUGUGCUGCACCCUGGGCCWGCCCUCUUGUCCCAAAGCAUCCCAAGGCAGGAGAACCUUCAGGAUGCCUUUGGGAAGCAGGAUGUGAGCGGGUAGGACCCUCCUGCAGUGGUGGUGGGACAAGAGUCCUGAGAUGAGAGAAAAGCUCGCACGGGCCCCAGAGCUUCWUAGGCUGCUGCCAGCUGGCUCUGGCCACUGCUUGCCAAUAAAUUUGGAGCUUGCACAAUACAAAAAAAMCCCCAAAAUUGCUCUGCAAAGUAAACAAAAUUAGGAGAGCCAAAACAAUCUCUUCCCCAUAGAGCUUUCAAGGUACCUUGCAAAAACACCCGAGCCGAGAGCCAGUAACCUACUUUGAAGCAGGGUGUGUGACAGAGCUGAGACAGAGAAGUCAUGGCAUUGCUGUUGUCACACAGCCAUGUGGUAGACUCUUUUUGCUAACACAUCUUCUGUUAUUGUUUCAAAAAAAAAAAAAAAAAAAAAAAAAAGAGGGUAUCUUUCCAAAGCAAAGGAGGGCCCGUAGGAAAUGAAAGAUCUGUGCCACCCAGGUGUAUCCCUUCUCUUCCCAUGUCACAGCUCUACCAGGGUUCGUGGGUUUUGUUUUCUUUGCUAUUCACAUCUGGAGAACCCUUUUGGUUUUGAUUUCCCUAUUGCUGUAUCUUCUAUGCAAUUCCUUUUCUAAAGACUGACUUACUACAGGAGAAGUUCUAGCCAUUGCAUUAUUUGUAUUGCUGUACAGUGGAGGUGUGGUUUACUAGUUCUGAGUGUGCCUCUUAUCCCCCUCCCUUUUUCUCCUUCCCUCUGUUUGUAAAUGCCUGCAUUUAUUCUGUCAGCCUGACAUGUAUAAAGUGUAAGAAAGAAUUUUUAAACAGGUAAUAAAUUAUAUUUAUAAGCAACUGGAAAA